GUUGCAGGCUGGCUUGGAUUUAAUACUCUCAUCCCUUCCCCAUCCCCUUGCAGUCUGCAGCCCUCCAGCCUCCAGCUACCACCUCCCCUCUGCUUGGACUGCACUAGGUGCAGAAUCGGACAGCACAAUGCCAGAACCGUAAAGAAAGUCCAAGAUCACGGCAUCGCGCAAACUCUUGUUGAAGAGUUUGAUGCUAGCCAAAGCCAAGGAAGCAUGGGAACAAGAUCAAGUGGACAAGCAAGGGGAGAAGGAGAGAUACCUGGCUGAGAGGAUCGCACCACUGCGGACCAGCGGGCUGUCCUUCAGCCAGCUGCAGGAUCUGUGCAGGGAGCUGCAUGAGAAGGUAGAAAUCGUGGAUGAGGAGCGGUACGACAUCGAAGCCAAAUGCAUCCACAACACCAGAGAGAUCAAAAACCUGAAGCUGAAAGUGCUCGACCUGCGGGGGAAGUUCAAGCGCCCCCCGCUGCGCCGUGUCCGUGUCUCCGCUGACGCCAUGCUGCGGGCCCUGCUCGGCUCCAAGCACAAAGUCUCCAUGGACCUGAGAGCCAACCUGAAAUCUGUCAAGAAGGAGGACACAGAGAAGGAGCGCCCUGUGGAAGUGGGCGACUGGCGUAAGAAUGUGGAGGCCAUGUCGGGCAUGGAGGGCAGGAAGAAGAUGUUUGAUGCUGCCAAAUCUCCGACAGGCCAGUAAAAGGUGCUGCCUGGAAGGACGAAGAGUCACCCUCUCCCGCUGCCUGCAGCUUCGCCCCCGGCCACCCUUCACGCUGCCCCGUUUGUGCCUCUUCCUGCAUUCGCUCUCGAGCCAGCUCAGCUGCAGAAAGCAAAAGCUCAUCCAGUCUCUGUGCUUAAAAUCAGCUCCCCCCCGCACCCCGGCUUCCAUGAGCCAUAGCCUCACGUGAUGCAGCCAAUUAAUCGCCCUAGCAUGGCACCCCAGCAGUGGGCUGCUGUUGUCUCCUGUAGGUCCCGGCGCAUGGGACCAACCCGUUGGACUGCCACAGUGGUGCAUCUGCAUGACGACCGAUCAACAGUGUGGCCCGAGGUGCUGAUCCCAUUAACUGGCAAGGGCGAGAGCCUUGCCAGCCACCCUGCAGGAGUCCCGUGCCCUGCGGAAAGGCAGUGCCCCUGCCACAUGCCAGUGGCUUCAUGUCAGUAAUGCCAUGGGGUCUCAGGCAUGCUUGUAACUUCAGGAUGCCUCAUGAGACUCCUGGUCCGUCCUUCUGCAGACAGCCCAGGGAUGAACCCGCUGGUCCUGCUCUCACCAUCCAGCUCUGAUAUGUACAGUACGUGGGAAGUAACUGCCGUGUCUCUGUGUUCAUUAAAAGACUGUUUAGGACAGA